CCUCCCUCACUCACCCAUUCCUCCUUUUCUCAGCCAGCCCCAGAUAAAAAAGGGGGAAGAAGUAUUUCUCUUCGGCCACUUCUGAAGCUGCAGCCACUAGAAAAGGAUGGGAAGGAAAAAAGACUGUGUUUUACCUCUCCUCUUUAUUCUUUUAUUCGUGGACCUUUGAGGACUCAGAGACGCCUUUUAGUCAUCUUUCAUUUCAUGUGCAACUUUAAAUCUCUUUCACAUUUUUCACUUUGCCUCCUAAACAUCUGUUUUACUCGAAAAUAAGUUUGGGCAUCCUCAAAUCACCCAUCCCUUCUAGAUUCCUAUCCAACAGUGUUUCUGGAGCAGCACCUGGUACAUUGUGGACAGGGGGGAGUUUCUGGAAAACCAUGUGGGUCCAUCCUGAAAACUCUCAACAAAAUCAAGACCCAAGGACGAAAGAAGGGGAAGAGAGAACAGAGGAGAUGGAUCCAACCCGUCAUCACAAGUGAGAAGAGGAGACAAUUCGAUGUGAGACCAGAGAACAGGUGUCGCUGUGUGUUUCUGUCUUCAAGAAAAGUGGUCUUCUAAAAUUAAAGAGAAGCUGAAGAGACCUCGAACCUCAUGGACUGAGUGGAAGGUGCAGAAACUCGUGGACUGAUACUCGCGCAUGCAUCCUGCACACAGAUGUUGUCAUAAAGUGAACUGGGGUCAAAGCGUGAACGAGCUCCUCCUGACUCUCUUCGCACUGAGACAAAACCCUUUCAUAGAGUGAAAGAGCGCCAUGCGAGGCCUCCAUCUCAGCCGGGGGUUGCUGGUCCUGCUGCUGCUCUGGACCCUGUCGGUCGUCGCUGAUGCAGCCGGUGUUGCGAGCGCAGAACGAGGGGGAGUUGGAAGAAGCCAGAGAAGAGGAGGAGGAGGAGGAGGUGCAGAGAAGAAAAAGAGGUUCCACCGCAUCCAACAUGGACAGUGCAGCUACACCUUCAUCCUCCCGGAGCUGGACGGAUGCCAGGCCGCACGAUGGGCGUCGCAGGCCGAACAGUACGGUGACUCUCGCAGGUCGAGCGUCGUGCAAAGAGACUCGCCUCCCACAGACGGAGAAUGGUCGGCUCAGAAGCUGCAACACCUGGAGAGCACGAUGGAGAACAACACGCAGUGGCUGCAGAAGCUGGAGAACUUCGUACAGAACAGCGUGAGACGAGACAUCACCAACAUACCGUCACACGUCGUGCACAACCAGACGGCCACUAUGCUGGAGAUCGGAACAAACCUCCUCACGCGCACGGCAGAGCAGACACGCAAACUCAACGUGGUGGAAGCCAAGGUGCUGAACCACACGUCUCGGAUUGAGAUCCAGCUUCUGGAGAACUCUCUGUCCACCAACAAGCUAGAGAAGGAGCUGCUACUCCAGACGUCCGAAAUCAGUCAGCUGCGAGACAAGAACAGUCACCUGGAGAGUAAAGUUCAGAUGUUGGAGUCUCGGCAGAGAGGAGAGCUGGAGGACAUGAAGGAGCAGAAGAGCCGACUGCAGUCUGUUGUCAGGACUCAGAUGACGGCCAUCGAGUCUUUGGAGAGGCAGCUGAGAGUCGCCAGCAGCAACAACACGGCUCUGCAGAGGCAGCAGGCUCAGCUGAUGGUGUCUGUCCACACACUCAUUAACAUGGUGGCUAGUACUACAGCGUCACCUCCUGGGAACCAGAUGUGGAGGGACUGUGCAGACGCCUACAAGGCCGGUCACUCUGCCAGCGGAGUGUAUCACAUCUUCAUCAGCAACAGGACUCAACCUGUGCAGGUGUACUGUGACAUGGAGACGAGCGGCGGAGGUUGGACAGUUUUCCAGCGACGGUUUAAUGGCAGCGUGGACUUCCAGAGGAGCUGGAAGGAGUACAAGAUGGGUUUCGGGGACCUGUUGGGAGAGCACUGGUUGGGUAAUGAAGUUUUGUACCUGCUGACCAGUCAGGGUCAGUACUCUCUAAGGGUGGACCUGAAAGACUGGGAGGGAAACCCUGCCCACUCCCAGUACGACCGCUUUACGCUGACCAGUGAGAGGCAGCAGUACAGGUUGUAUCUGAGAGGUUACAGCGGCACAGCAGGGAGGCAGAGCAGCUUGAACACCCACAGGACCAGCUUCAGCACCCGAGACCAGGACAACGACAACUGUGACCACUGCAAAUGUGCCCUGAUGCUCACUGGAGGUUGGUGGUUCGACGCCUGUGGUUUCUCCAACCUAAACGGAAUCUACUACACCAUCGGCCACAACAUCAGGAAGCUUAACGGUAUCAAGUGGCACCACUUCAGAGGCCCGAGCUACUCUCUGCGCUCCACCUCCAUGAUGGUUCGACCCUACGACUUCUAGCAGCACCCCUCAGCCUUCAUGAUGGAACAACCCAAUGGCACCCCUCCAAUAUACCGUUAAGAUGGUGUGACUCUACAGUCCGACCCCUAAGUCCACUACCUUGAUAGUACACUCCGACCGCUUACAACAACACUUCUUGCAUCCACAAGGGUACAAACCUGACUUUAGCAGACAGUGAGAAUCACAACCUUAAUCGACCGGCAUGGUUUGAAAGUUUUGCCGGAUGAGUUGUUUUAUGUAAACCUGCCCGAGAUCCACGAGGGUUGUAAAUGUGAUGCUCAAAAAGAACCAGUUCAUUCCCGAGGGGUAUUUGGAAAUCAAAGGCGUUUCUGAAUCACCACAGUCGGUGGCGGGCAGAUGUUCAAAGUGUUUUUACACGUAAAAAGGUGACAGAAAUAAUUGUGAAAACUGAGAAUCAGCAAGAGGGUGAAACCCUGCUGACUUUCUCUGGCCAACGAUGGCACGAAGUAGGCGUCAAAGUAUCUGUGAACGCCACUAAUCCUUCGUCCCAAAGCUUUUCCACCAUCUGAUGAGAAGCUCCCAUGGCAGCUACAUGGUACAGACCUUUCUGACUUUGGAGCAUCUCCACUUCAACAUAUCUCUGCAGGUAGUUUUCUCGAGGUUAAUCCCCUGUUUACCUUUUCCCACAUGUGGAGAUUCCUUCUGUUUGGGAACCAGGGGUCAUUCUGCUUCUGUGAUUGUCUGUUGACCGAAGGUCGUAUCACCGUCUUCCACUGCAGUGAAACCUCCCUCUCUAACAGUGUCAGAGUGAUGCAGAGCAGAAGGUCCUGUGAUGUUGUGUUUUCUGGCUUCAGGUGGAACAGGUGGACUUUCUCUCUGUCAGACAAUCACAGUUCUGAAUAUCUCCAGAGGAGGAUGAUACAUGUCCUCACACCAAGGAGGCUUCCAGUCUGAGGAAUGAACUGGUUGACCAGGAGUUCAUGAAGACACAAAGAAUUCAAAUUCAAUGAAAGGUGUGUAGGUUGAUGACUGGAUAUUUGACUGUGAUGUUUAAGUCAAUAAGAAAGUAAUAGGGUACGAGAUUGGACAAGAAAAGAUCUAAGAAAACUCUAACUAUGUUUACAGGAACAACUAAAUCAUGAAAUGAGAGACCGUCCUGUUUCAUGAACUGGAAAUGUGUCCGACAAGUCGUCUGGUUCAAGACCCUGAAGUGAUUUAAAGUUGAGUCAAUCAGGGACAGACAGUGGUUUCUUUCUUCUUUACAAUAAAGUAAAUGAGUAUUUUUCCCAAAAAUGUCAAACUAUUCCUUUAAAAACACGUAUUACUGGUGUUGAUCAAACUCAGCUUUAGAAUUUGAAACAGUGGUGGCUGAUGAUGAUCGUGAGUCAGCUGUUGAUACAGUUUGAUAUCUGAAGCCUCUGCAGGUUUCACAGGUUGAGACGUCACAUGUUUAUUUGUCAGAAUGCAUAAGUCUUAUUAAAAUGCACUUUAUGGAAGAGAACCUGAGUGUUUGUUUUGACCUUUGCCCUCAGUGUUACUGUGUGUUGAAUGAUACUGAAAACAGUAACAAAUUACACUUUGUUUUACAGGUUUAAAAAUGUUCUUUUGAUUUACUGCAUAUGUGUUUCAAAGCUUGUCCACUCAACUGUAAACAGUUUGUUUUGUACAAUAAAAUAUGUCAAUAAAG